GUUCUGGUUCGCAUUUGGCGCCAAACCAGAGAGAGAUCAUCGAGGAAGCGAAAUGGUUCAGAUGUGUUUCGUUCUGGAUCUACGGAGUCUGGCACCUCCAUUGUUGACGGACUUGAAGCAGUCUCUGCUUCAACUCGCUAACUACUACGCCGUUUCGAGUUCGCCGCCGUCGCGCAAAUCCGCCACUCUCGCCGAUAAGAUCGGGUUGUGCUACGUCCUCAAGAAUCGCCUAUCAUCUUCCGACGAGUUGAAGAUUGCGUACCGUCCUACAGGAAACUUCAACCUCCGCGAUUUCCACCACGCUGUUAACAAUUUGCCAUCUGAUGCAUUUGUGCCUGAUUUCGAUAACAAAUCCGAUGUGAUGAUUUCAAAUGUUUUGAGUGAACGAGUGUUGUACUCUUGGGAAGGUAGAGAUAUUGAGAGAAGAGUAAUUUUCGUAACUUCAACCUUGCCUGAAGAUGUUGACUCUACUAUGCAAAAGAGCCUCAUGGAUGCUGCGGAUAAAUGUGUUUCAGUUGAUUUUGCGCUAUUUCAGCAGAAAUCAAGCCAUCUGACUGAUUCGCGUGAAAACAUCAACACUUUUCGUCGUUGCAUUUCUCAUUUUGAUAAUUGCUCAGUUCAGACCUACAUCCCAGAUUUCAGAAUAUUCCACGGCCUGGUUAAAAGAUGGCUGCAGAUUUUGAAAGAUGACAUGGAGGAGCCGUUUUUAGCUCGUCUCAUUUUCAAGGACAACCUUUUAGGUUCUGUGAACCAAAUAUUCUGCAAUCUGUUUGCACCAGUCUAUCCAAUAACCAACAGUUUCAGUCAAUGUCAGACAUGCAGAUGCCAUGGAAUUCCUUUAGGGCAAGCUGAAAAAAAAUUGAACGGAAUUUCUUGUCCAGUUACUGGCUGCAAUCUGGAAACAUGUGAUGUUAUUGAAAACUCUGUUCGAGUUGGGGAAAAGACUAUUCUGUUUCUUCCGUCAUUCCAUGAUUCUCUGAAGCUCCUGCAAAUAACUUCACCAAUUAACAUAAAUGUUACUGAGAGGAUAAACUUGGCAUCUCUUGAUGAAGGUCUUAUAAUGGGGGCUUCCUUUGUUGUGACUCCAUCCCCUAAUCAUGUGAACGAAACCACUUCGGAUGAUGCUGAUCAGUCAGACUUGAAUGCUCAACUUUUUCAAGGCCUUUCAAAUGUUCUGCAUUCAAUGGACCAAGGUUUGAUAUGCUCUUCAAAUUGUGAUUUGGAAACAAUGACAGAGGCUCCAUAUCAUUGUUACUAUAUUCUGCAGCCAUCAGAUCGUGGACCAAUGCUUAUGAGGCGUCUUGCAGGGGCAGAAGAAGUCCUUCGCCUUCCUGACAACCAAUUAACUGAUUCAUCAGUCAAUAAGGAAAUUGGGAACUCUGUUCAAGCCUGUUUACUAAAGCUUGAUCUAACAGAUUAUGACCCAUUGCUGCAUGAAAGAGGCUUUCACCAAAAACUAAAUUUGCUUGUCGAAGAAAGCCUACAAUUGGGGUCAAUAUUUCCUAAAUUGGAAGGUGCAUUUACUGAACUAAGCUCAAGUCAACAACCUUCAUCAGAAGUGACCACGAAAGCAGAAAAAGCCAUUAAUGUCAUUGCUCUGGAUGAGGAAACUUUGCCAUUGGAAUUGGAUAUUACAGAUCAAGAGGAUAGAACGAUGGCAUGUAUUACAGAGGAAUGGGAGCAAUUGGUUGUAAACGAAGACCCCAAGAUGUACACUCCAUCUUGUCUGCCCAAAGCCAAGUGGGAUCAAUCUAGUGUAUCACUACGAGAUGGUAAUAGGAAGCUAGACACGGAAACUUCAAGGAUCUUGGAGAGAUUGGAGGUUCCAAGGCCACUAAAACCAAAGAUAGCCUCUCCUGUAUUAGUUGAAAGUUGCAUGAAAAAUGCAACUGUGCCCACAAAGAAGCCUCUUAUACCAUUCCAGUCAACUCAAAGUACACAACAAGUCAUUGUUGGCAGCCAGCUAAUCAAACCGAAUUUCCAGAGGCAAAAAAGGAAACAGAAAUGAAAAGAAGGCAACUCCACUCCAUAUGUUUCAUGCAAACAAUUCUUCAAAAUAAGGUCAGUGCCUUUCUUUGACCCUUUUUACUAUGUUGCUAAUGAUUUUCUACACAACAUUCGCCAGUUAAUCAUGAAACAUGUUUCGAAGGGGCCAGAAGUGUGAAAAUGCUCAAAAGUUCUUGUUUGAUAUGGGAUAGUAAAAGCUUAUUAAGUGGUUAAGCUUAUCCAGCCGUUCAUAACAAAUUACAUAACUCGAUAAGCUUUUAUAUUUUCAGGCUUUCACAUCAUUUAUCUUACACUACCCCACUUAAUUUGAUAAGAUAUUCAGGCUUUAUAUUUCACGUUUAUAUUUCUCUUUCUCUUAACAUUAGCUAGUCCUGAUACAGCAGCUUUC